AUGCAUAAGAAAACGGGAUCGGGUGAUAAGGCUAACGUGUUCAACAAGGAUCGGGGCCAUGUGCUCGAUAUGGUGGAAUCACAUAUGGGCUCGCAGUUCACCCAAGAUUCGGCGGAUACUUUCGUGGGGUCAAAAAAGGUGCCGAAAGUCACCCUGCCUCUGCCGGAUAGCGCCCUCAUCAAAGGCGCAGCAGUGCCUGAGUGCGACGAUGUGGCGAACGAGUCGAAAGUUAUCAGACUUAGAACUGGCAGCUUCGGGAAUAAACACACCAUAGACGACCACCUUGAUGUCGAAGAGGUUCAAGACCUCGGAUCGAGUACGCACAAAGGGAGCGACUCGUCCGCCAAAACCGAUAUCGACGACAUUGCAUCCGCCAUGGACGAUAUGAUGGGCAUCGACAUCGAUACGGCCAUCGAUGUCGGGGACGACGCCGACCUUGACAAGGCAACGGUGUACAGUUCCAAGCCGUGGGGUGAUGAGACGCUCAAAAGCCACGCUUCUUCCAUCACUGUCGUGGAUCUUGACGUUGUUGACGACGUGGCGGAAAAUGUAACGCAUGCAACCAACGACUCCACGUCGCGUCUGGGGGUCGACGAGGAGGCGCACGACUUCGGGGUCAAUGCGUCGGACGAGAAGUUGGACGAGGGUCCGAUCAAGCCAUCAGCCCGAAAGUGGUCGAUUGAAUCGACCGCGGAAUCUAUCUGCGCAACGGACGGCGCGCAGUCUAAUGCGGAGUCCAGGAGGCACUCGUUAUCACUCGAGUCGAAGUCGUCACAUUCGCCCAAAAUUGAAUCACCUGAUGAAUCGCAAUCUCGUAAGCCGUUGAGGAGGCGAUCCAUCAGCUCCAACGGGUACAAGUCCGACAGCUCCGUUAUUACCGAGGCGGUCAGCUUCUUCGCGGUGAAGCAUUUGGUGGCUCUGCUUAGGGAGGUCGCGGAGUGCCUCAACGCCGGCGAGGACGCCGAAGAGCGAUGGGAGCACGUUUUGGGAAUGCAGUCCAGAGCACAGAGAUUCAUCAACGAAGCCGUCAGGGUGAACUUCGAGUACGACGACCUCUCGCAGUACCAGCUGGUGCUUCCGAAGAAGCUGAACCUGAACUACGCCAUGCCGAAGACACGCACGCCGCAAAACGAUCUGCUGUCGCAGCAGAGCAAGCCCAAAACCCCUGUGGUGAGGCGCAACACGCAACCGGAUACUAGGAUCGUGUCCACGACGGAACGCAGCGACAAGCCCUUGAGCGUCACGCCCGUGCCCUCGAACAUGGAGUCCACGAAGGUGCUGGUGGUCGACGACAGCAUCCCAAUGGACGUCGAUAUCGACGCCGAAAUCGAGAGGUUCAUCACGCAGCAAACGCAUCAGCAGGCGCGGCAGCAAGAGGACCCCGUUAACGCAGCGACUCCGGUCGAGUCGGAUACUGAGUCCCACAGCUUCCCCAAGAUUCGCACCAUGAACGAGCUUAAGCUGUCGAAGGAGCAGGAACGCAACGCAAAACGUGCCAAAACCGCGAAUGCGGAGUCUCAAAGCAAGAAGAAAACCAAAAAGAGCGAAGACCUCUUCGACGAUGAGGAGGAAGACAUCUACGGCACCGAGGACUUCGAGCAGGACGCCGCGGGCGACAUAUCCCACCUGUCGGACCCCCUGUCCGAGGCCCGCAAAAUCUACAUGGAAAAAGUGAACUCGUGCGAGAUCGACGGCAUGGACCUGAGGGUGCCCAAGGAGGUCUUGCAGUCUAACAUGCAGCUCUUCCGGGAGCAGUUCGAAUUUAGCCAGAAGGUGAACGACGUGAACACCAGGGUGUUCGGGUACAGCUCGUUCAGGGGGGUGCAGCUGGCGGCGAUCAACGCCGUGCUGCUGGGCAGGGACUGCUUCCUCAUGAUGGCCACCGGAGGCGGUAAGAGCCACUGCUACCAACUGCCGUCGUUGUUGCUGGGUGGUGUGGUGGUGGUGUUCUCGCCGCUGAUCUCGCUGAUGGAGGACCAGAUGCGCGUGCUGAGGUCGUACGGCAUCACAGCCGAUACCAUCAACGCCGGCACCUCCGCCGCCACCACGCGACAGAUCGCGAAGAGGUACCUCGACAAGCAGCAAGAGUUCGAGAACGGCUCGAUCCUGUUCAUCACGCCCGAAAAGUUCGAGAAAUCGGCCGUCCUGCUCAAGCUGCUGGAUGACCUCUGCGACUCCGAGCGGCUCAAGCUCUUCGUGAUCGACGAGGCGCACUGCGUGUCGCAGUGGGGCCUCUCAUUCAGGAAGGACUACCGCCAGCUGUGCAACCUCAAGGAGAAGUACCCCUAUGUGCCCAUUCUCGCCAUGACCGCGACGGCCACGGAGGACGUUGCCACUGACAUCAUGCGUGUGCUCCGAAUCCCGAGAUGCGUCAAGCUGAGGACGACGAUCAACCGGCCGAACUUGUGGAUCGAGUGUCGCGAAAAGACCAAGGAUUACCUCAAGGAAAUGACAGACAUCCUCAAGACCACGACGGGGUGCGGUAUCGUGUACACGCUCACGGUCGGCGACAGCGAGAAGGUGGCGGAGGCGCUGCAGAAGGCGGGCAUUUCGGCGGGGGUGUACCACGCGAGGCUGGACAUCAACGACCGCAAAGAAAUCCAGCAGAAGUGGACCAGCGGCGUGGUGCGCGUGAUGGUGGCGACCAUAGCCUUCGGUAUGGGCAUCGACAAGCCCGACGUGAGGUUUGUCUUCCACACGUCCGCGCCUGUAUCCAUACUUGGCUACUACCAGGAAAUCGGGCGCGCUGGGCGCGACGGCAAGUAUUCCACCACCAUCCUGUGGUACAACAUGCGCGACUUUGAGCGCCACAAGAACCUCGGGCACAAGACGCCCAAGACGAAGGGCAUACCAGGGGAGGAGAUCGCCGACUACCCUUCGCUGUCGAACAUGCGCGAGUUCUGCCAGAACAAGUCCACCUGCAGGAGGCUGAUGCUCUUCAGGGCCUUUGGCGAGGACCCGACGGGCGUCCUGCCGGAUAACUGCAACGGCUGCGACAACUGCUGCCUCAGCUGCAUGACCGAGCGCGUCGAUGCGACGGACGACGCCGUCACCAUCUGCAAGUUUGUGCACGAAACCAUGGAACGCCGCACCAAGGGGAUACUGACGAUCAAUAUCCUCUGCGACGCCCUUAGGGGCUCGAACAGGUCGACGCUGAUCAAGUACAGGCUGCAGCAGAACUCCAACCACGGCGCUCUCAAGCAUUGCAAGCCCAAGUACAUCUUCCAGGUCAUCCAGGAAAUGGUGAACCUGCGCAUCUUGCGCGAGUGCAGGCGGAGUUCCAACCGGUUCGGGCGCACUGUGCUGCUGUUGGGGCCGGGCGCGGGCAAGCUCAGACGUGGACAAAUCAGUGUCUACAUCAUCAACUAUCAGUUCGCCCAGAACCCUGCGCCGGCUGGCAUUGACGCUCCCGACGCCACUUGCCAGGUCGAGCAACCGACCACGUCGGGGGCUAAGAAAUCGCAGCGGUCCCAAAAGGCAACUGCGCAAGAAUCCGGCGAGGCCAAGACCACAUCACCGACUUUGAAGGGUGUAGCUGUGGCCAAAAUAGUUGAAGCGCUCAAGGCCGCCUCCGCACCGGGCAGGCACGACGUCGAACGGGCAGACACCCAUGAGAAGAGGCCAGUGGUGCAAGGGAUGGCGCUGACAAGAGACAACCAAUUCAGCUUGGUGUCACAGGGCACGAGGGCGCCCGGCGACGUCAGACGUGGCAGCCCCACCUCUGCCGCCGUGACAAACCCGGCAACGGACACGGCGGAGACGGUCAAACGCAAGAGAGGGAGGCCCGCAGGCUCUACAAAGCAAAAGAGUAAAAGCGAACAACAGGACACUUCGUCCUCCAUUAACGGGUCAAGUGUGAACCAGCAGAAGGCGGGUGGGAGCAACACGCCCCCCGGCCUUGUGACCAGUGAUGCGGGCGGAGCCACAUGGCGCCACGCGAACACCAGGGCUCUCAAGCUCACGCCACCUGGCUGCCCCAACUCAAGUGUUGACAUCCAGGCUGCGCUCCACAACAACAUACGCAGAAAGGUGCCGCCAGACCUGGUCAGCUCGCUCAGUUGA